UGGCUGCCUCCUGCUCCGCUUUGCGUGGGUUUACGGGUGAAUCCGCGAGGCGGUAAACCUGCGCAGGCCGCCAGGUUUUUCAGGCCUGCGGUCCUAGUCUCCUGUCGGGCUCCGGGCACGGGCUCUGAGGAGAAUGGAUCCUUCUUUGGAUACAUGGGACUUCUCACCUUUAAUAUCAUUGUGGAUACACAGGUUUUACAUAUAUUGGGGCUUUGCCUUUGGCAUCAGCCUUUGGAUUUGUUUCCAGAUUGUCAUCAGGAAGCAGCUGGGAAAAGAUUCAAAUUUGAUGGAUUUUGUGCAAUCGUCUAUCCUCAAGGACAAGACCUCACAGGAGAAAUCUCUUUCAAAAGCAACUCGGGAUUUGGUGACAAAUGGUUAUAUCUCUCUUCAAGAGAAGGAAGUCUUUGUGUCUGGAGUGAAGAUUUUCUAUGGUUCCCAGACUGGUACAGCAAAGGGAUUUGCAACAAUUCUUGCUGAAGCAGUUACCUGCCUAGGUCUGCCUGUGGCAAUUAUUAAUCUGAAAGAAUAUGAUCCAGAUGAUCAUCUAGUAGAAGAGGUUACUAGUAAAAGUGUUUGCGCCUUCCUGGUUGCUACAUAUACUGAUGGUCGACCAACUGAGAGUGCAGAGUGGUUCUGCAAAUGGUUGGAAGAAGCAUCCAUCGAUUUUCGAUUUGGCCAAACUUACCUGAAGGGUAUGAGAUACACGGUGUUUGGCCUGGGAAAUUCUGCCUAUGCAAGCCACUUCAACAAGAUUGGCAAGAAUGUUGAUAAGUGGCUCUGGAUGCUUGGUGCUCACCGUGUGAUGACUCGAGGGGAGGGCGACUGCAAUGUGGUUAAAAGCAAACAUGGCAGCAUUGAAGGUGACUUUAGAGCUUGGAAGACCAAGUUCAUCUCGAGGCUACGGGCGCUUUCUAAGGGAGAGAAAAAGUCCUGUGGUGGCAACUGCAAGAAAGGCAGAUGCAAAUCUAGUCAGCAUGGCUCAGAGGAAAUGGAGCCGGGGUCUCCCGCCCAAGAUGGAUUGCAUCAGAGAGACACUGAGGAGGAAGAGCCCUUUGCGAGCACCAGCGAGGAAGAGUCUAGUACUGAGGACCAUCAGAGUCUAAGUUCUGUUGUUGAUGUUGAGGACCUUGGCAAAAUUAUGAAUCAUGUGAAGAAAGAAAAGAGAGAAAAGGAGCAGCAGGAAGAGAAAACUAGUUUGUUCAGGAAUACAGUGAAGAAUGAAGCCAGUGAAAGAAGAGCUAUGAUAACUCCUGCUCUCCGAGAAGCCCUUACUAAACAAGGUUAUCAGUUAAUUGGGAGCCACUCUGGUGUGAAGCUUUGCAGGUGGACAAAGUCGAUGCUCCGAGGGAGAGGAGGUUGCUAUAAACAUACAUUCUAUGGCAUCGAAAGCCAUCGUUGCAUGGAAACUACCCCGAGCUUGGCAUGUGCAAAUAAAUGUGUAUUCUGUUGGCGACACCACACCAAUCCAGUGGGCACUGAAUGGCGGUGGAAAAUGGACCAGCCUGAAAUGAUCUUAAAGGAAGCCAUUGAAAACCAUCAGAGCAUGAUCAAGCAGUUUAAAGGAGUACCGGGUGUCAAAGAAGAACGCUUUGAAGAAGGAAUGACAGUAAAGCACUGUGCAUUGUCCCUUGUGGGAGAACCCAUCAUGUACCCAGAAAUCAACAGGUUUUUGAAACUACUCCAUGAGUGUAAAAUCUCCAGUUUCCUGGUCACAAAUGCACAAUUCCCUGUGGAAAUCAAGAAUCUCAAGCCAGUUACCCAGCUAUACGUCAGUGUAGAUGCUAGCACCAAAGAUAGCCUGAAGAAAAUCGACCGCCCACUCUUCAAGGAUUUCUGGCAAAGAUUCCUCGAUAGUUUAAAAGCCUUGGCAGCAAAGCAACAGCGUACUGUCUACAGACUAACUCUAGUGAAAGCAUGGAAUGUGGAUGAACUCCAGGCCUAUGCUGAGCUGGUGUCCCUGGGAAGUCCUGACUUCAUUGAAGUAAAGGGUGUUACCUACUGUGGAGAGAGUUCAGCAAGCAGUCUUACCAUGGCCAAUGUGCCCUGGCAUGAGGAAGUGGUACGCUUUGUCCAUGAGUUGGUGGAUCUGAUCCCCAACUAUGAAAUUGCUUGUGAACAUGAACACUCCAACUGCCUCCUGAUAGCUCACAAAAAGUUUAAGAUUGAUAGAGAAUGGUGGACAUGGAUCAAUUAUAAUCGCUUCCAGGAGCUCAUCCAGGAGUAUGAAGACAGCGGUGGAUCAAAAACUUUCAGUGCAGAGGAUUAUAUGGCUAAAACUCCUCACUGGGCUUUAUUUGGUGCCAGUGAAAGAGGCUUUGAUCCCAAGGACACGAGAUAUCAGAGAAAGAACAAAUCAAAGGAUAUUUCUGGAUGUUGAGAUUAUCUGACUUUAGGAUACUGAAGGACAAAAACUGAUGGCCUCAGAAGGUUCUGAGACUCCACUGUGGUUUUUCCAAGGACAAAUUAAUACAAAUUAUAUUUCAUAUAGAGGGGACUGUAAGGCAGAACAUGGGAGUGCAAGUCACAUCCUGGGGUUGAGGAAGACAGCAUCCACGCUUUGAGUGCCUGGAACUCAGCCUUGCCAUUUCUUUCCAGAACUCAGUCUCUUUCCUGAUUUUACUUCUGAGAGGAAAAUCAUUUUGGGGGGGAAGUACACACUCAUUAUUAGAAUGUAACUGACAGUUUUGAAUUAUAAUUAGUAAGCCUCCCUAGAAUGCUGUUCAGCCAAGUGUUGUAUGGAAUUGAAUAUCUGUUCCUCUUCCCCUCAUGGGCUUUUGGCCUUUGUGGAUUGUACUCCCUGAGGUAAGUGUAUCUGCUCCCUUUGAAACCUCCAACUUUUUUUUAUAUCUUAAGAUAACGCCUCCUGAAGGUAAUUUAAGUUGUCAUAAUUCUCAAUUAUUUUUAAAUGCUGCAUAGAUUACUUGAAAUUUUUGCUUAGCGCCAACCCUUUAGAAAUUGAGUUGGAUCUGAAACUACCCUGGAUCUCAUUUUGUUGCCAUACAAAUUGCCAUAGAAGGUAAUAGAUGGGCUGGAUUAGAGUAACAGUUCUCUUCUGUAAGAGGAAUUGCUAUCUGAUGUCAUUGAGUAAUUAGUCUCACAAACUGAAAUAGUACAUUUUGCUUUUUGUUUAAAAAGUCAGUGUUUAAGCCUCUUCCUGCUGCACACGUACCAGGUCUCCAUCUUCUUCCACGCCUGUAGCCCCAGCUGCUUUAUGCAAUCUGUUCUUUAAGGUUCAGGGUUUUCUUCUAAUUGGAAACAUCAUUAAGUACACAGUAGUUUUGGGGUUUUUUUAAGUACCAUAGUUAUUUUUAAAAUUCCUUUAUCCUAAAAUACUAAUUAAUAAAAGAUCUUUUGUAAAGA